CCACCAGCACUGUCCCCGUCCUGGGGUCCCUGGGCCCCCCCCUCCGAGCCCCUCAUUCAUCCUCAGGCGUCACCGGGUUCCUGAGGAUCGAUGAGAACGGGGACCGGGAGAGCGACUACUCCCUAUGGGACAUGGACCCCACGAGCGGGGACUUCCAGAUCGUGGCCAACUACAACGGCACCACCAAGAAGCUCCAUAUGGUGCCAGGACGCGACAUCCAUUGGCCAGGGAACGCCGUCCCCUCCGACGUCCCCCCCUGUGGCUUCGACCACAGCGACCCACAGUGCCAGAAGGCCAACCUGAGCACGCUGGAGGUGCUGUCCCUGGCGCUCAGCCUCGUCCUGCUGGCCAUCACCAUCAUCUCCUUCUUCAUCUACAGGAAGCUGCAGCUGGAGAAGGAGCUGGCGGCCGAGCUGUGGCGCGUGCGCUGGGAGGACCUGCAGAUGAGCAGCAUGGAGAAGCACCUGCGCAGCGCCGGCAGCAAGCUCACCCUGUCCCUGAGGGGCUCCAACUACGGCUCGCUGAUGACAGCAGAGGGGCAGUUCCAGGUCUACGCCAAGACGGCGUAUUACAAGGGCAACCUGGUGGCCGUCAAGCACCUCAACCGCAAGCGGAUCGAGCUGACGCGCAAGGUCCUGUUCGAGCUGAAGCACAUGCGAGACGUCCAGAACGAGCACCUGACGCGCUUCAUCGGCGCCUGCACCGAUCCCCCGAACAUCUGCAUCCUGACCGAGUACUGCCCGCGCGGGAGCCUGCAGGACAUCCUGGAGAACGAGAGCAUCACGCUGGACUGGAUGUUCCGCUACUCCCUCACUCUUGACAUCGUCAAGGGGAUGCAGUUCCUGCACAAUGGUGCCAUCAUGUCCCACGGCAACCUCAAGUCCUCCAACUGCGUGGUGGACAGCCGCUUCGUGCUGAAGAUCACCGACUACGGGCUGGAGAGCUUCCGCGUGGCCCCCGACGGCGACGACUCCCACGCGCUCUUUGCCAAGAAGCUAUGGACGGCGCCGGAGCUGCUGCGCAUGGAGGUACCGCCGGCCCGCGGCACGCAGAAGGGCGACGUGUACAGCUUCGGCAUCAUCCUGCAAGAGAUCGCGCUGCGCAACGGCGUCUUCUACGUGGAGGGACUGGACCUGAGCCCCAAAGAGAUCAUCGAGCGGGUGAAGAGUGGGGAGCGCCCCAGCUUCCGCCCCUCGGCCAACGUGGGGUGCCACAUGGAGGAGCUGGGCCAGCUCAUGCAGCACUGCUGGGCCGAGGACGUCCUGGAGCGCCCUGACUUCAACCAGAUCAAGGUCCAGCUCCGCAAGUUCAACAGGGAGAGCAGCAGCAACAUCCUGGACAACCUGCUGUCACGCAUGGAGCAGUACGCCAACAACCUGGAGGAGCUGGUGGAGGAGCGCACCCAGGCCUACCUGGAGGAGAAGCGCAAGGCUGAGGCUCUGCUCUACCAGAUCCUGCCCCACUCGGUGGCGGAGCAGCUGAAGCGGGGGGAGACGGUGCAGGCGGAGGCAUUCGACAGCGUCACCAUCUACUUCAGCGACAUCGUGGGCUUCACGGCGCUGUCGGCCGAGAGCACCCCGAUGCAGGUGGUGACGCUGCUCAACGACCUCUACACCUGCUUCGACGCCAUCAUCGACAACUUCGACGUCUACAAGGUGGAGACCAUCGGGGACGCCUACAUGGUGGUGUCGGGGCUGCCGGUGCGCAACGGGAAGCUGCACGCGCGCGAGGUGGCACGCAUGGCGCUGGCGCUGCUGGACGCCGUCCGCUCCUUCCGCAUCCGCCACCGCCCGCAGCAGCAGCUCCGGCUGCGCAUCGGCAUCCACACGGGGCCCGUCUGUGCCGGUGUGGUGGGCCUGAAGAUGCCCCGGUACUGCCUCUUUGGGGACACGGUGAACACGGCCUCGCGCAUGGAGUCCAAUGGUGAAGCCCUGAAGAUCCACAUCUCGGCGGUGACCAAAGCGGUGCUGGAGGAGUUCGGCUGCUUCGAGCUGGAGCUGCGGGGCGACGUGGAGAUGAAG